CUUCCGGUCAGGGGCCCUUGGCGGAAGAGGGUCCCGCCUCUUCCGUCUCCACAGCGGAGGUGGCUGUGGCGGCUGGGACGGCGGCGGUGGCGGCGCCUGCGCGUCUCCGGUCGGGGUCGGCAGGCGGGUUCCCUGGGCGGUCCACCUGCGCGUCUCGGAGCCGCGCCCCGGUUGUCGAUGGCGAUGAAUUAUAACGCGAAGGAUGAGGUGGACGGCGGGCCCCCGUGCGCUCCCGGGAGCACCGCUAAGACGCGGAGACCGGAUAACACGGCCUUCAAACAGCAACGGCUUCCCGCCUGGCAGCCCAUCCUCACGGCGGGCACGGUGCUCCCCACCUUCUUCAUCAUCGGCCUCAUCUUCAUCCCCAUUGGCAUCGGCAUCUUCGUUACCUCCAAUAACAUCCGCGAGAUCGAGAUUGAUUAUACUGGAAUCGAGCCUUCCAGUCCCUGCCAUAAGUGUUUGUCUCCUGAUGUGACACCUUGCGUUUGUACCAUUAACUUCACACUGGAAGAGUCAUUCGAGGGCAAUGUGUUUAUGUAUUAUGGACUGUCUAAUUUCUAUCAAAACCACCGUCGUUACGUGAAGUCUAGAGAUGAUAGUCAACUAAAUGGAGAUCUUAGUGCUUUGACUAACCCCAGUAAGGAAUGUGAGCCUUACCGAAGAAACAAUGACAAACCAAUUGCCCCUUGUGGAGCUAUUGCCAACAGUAUGUUUAAUGAUACGUUAGAAUUGUUUCACAUUGGCAAUGAUUCUGACCCUACUCCUAUUACUUUGAAAAAGAAAGGUAUUGCUUGGUGGACAGAUAAAAAUGUAAAAUUCAGAAAUCCUCCUGGAGGAGAUAACCUGGAAGAACGAUUUAAAGAUACAACAAAGCCAGUGAACUGGCUUAGACCAGUAUACAUGCUGGACUCUGACCCGGAUAAUAAUGGAUUCAUAAAUGAGGAUUUUAUUGUGUGGAUGCGUACUGCAGCAUUACCUACUUUUCGUAAGUUAUAUCGUCUCAUAGAGCGGAAAAAUGAAUUACAUCCAACAUUACCAGCUGGACGCUACUAUUUGAAUAUCACAUACAAUUACCCUGUACAUUCUUUCGAUGGACGAAAACGGAUGAUCUUGAGCACUAUUUCAUGGAUGGGAGGAAAAAAUCCAUUUUUGGGGAUUGCUUACAUCACCAUUGGAUCCAUCUCUUUCCUUCUGGGAGUUGUCCUACUAGUAAUUAAUCACAAAUAUAGAAACAGUAGUAAUACUGCUGACAUUACCAUUUAAUUUUAUAUUCUGAAAACAAAUCUACUGCAUGUGCAUCAAGGCCAGUCCUAUUCAACCUAGCUUUCGAAUGCUGACAUCUGGUUAGUAUGUCAUUUUGAAGUUGGCGCAUAACAUUUUUUUUGAAAACAGUUUUUGUCCUUUGCUUUUUCCCUUUGGAUGACCUAUGAAAAUAUAUGACGGGUAUAAAAAAUUAACUAUAUUGAUUAUAUCAACACUGUAACUGCUGAAAUGGCAUUCUAAUGUUUGCUUUUUAUUGGGACAGGCCACGUGAUGCAUAGAGCCUCUUUCAUGUGACUGCAUCUCCUGCUUCAAUGUUUAUGCUGUAUUGAUGAUAUUAUAUUGACAUAUAGUGCUGUAUAUGUGUGCUCUGGUAUGAAGAGAGGGAUUACAGGAUGUAUGAGUUUAAAGACUUGCUGACCUUUCAGGAUUCACAGUUACAGAAAGAUGAAGAAAGACCAAAUCUAAAUAAAACCCUUCAUCAUUUUCAUGUGUCGUGUGUAAAGGCUUACACUACCAUGUGUGGUGAGAUGGUCAUGUCCUCAGUUUAUGCAGUACAGUUCUUUGUCAAACUUAGCUUUGAUUCCAAAGAAUAUGCUUCCCUUUGUGUCUGGCACAGGAAUUAAUAACACUGUGGCUGAGGAGUUCAGGGAGGUCCCAGGUAGGAGGAUUUAAAAUUGUUCUUCCCAUGUGGUUCCAAAGUUGCAGGUGGGAACCUCAGCUCACUUGGAAUGCUUUCACAUGUGAUCACUUCCCUUGAUCCUGAGGCUUCAUAAGGGAAGAAAAUAGAAGUGAGAUGGGAAAACUGUUGGGCAGACCUUCAUCUGCUGCCUCAACUGUAAACAUGUGGUUGCUCAAAGGAGACUUUGUUCAUUCUUGGGGUACUUAACAUUCAGCAAAUUAUUUCAGCAUUGGAAGUAUCUCAUGCUGUUUUUAUUUUGCAGGUAAGUAAAAUUUUUGUCUUUACUCGUUAUAUUCCAGACAUUUUUGAAAGUAGUAACCUUAAUUUCUUUUGUAUUUUGUUCAGUUUUUGCAUAUAGGUCAAAUAUAGAUGUGUAUGUAUGUUCUCUUUUUCGGUUGGUUUUCCUAAGACAUACUUUAAAAAGAUAUUCUAUCCUUAAUUAAAUUCUGGGGGUUUUGGAGUAUGUACAUGAUAAAUGAUAAUAUAUAUGGUUGAAGUAAUUUUAUUUUUUACUAACUGGAAUUAUUUUAAUAUUCCUUAUUGAAUAAAUGCUACAAUUUGUUUGCUAUGGAACUUAAAGUGAAUGUAAACUUAUUUUUCCGUACGCAUAACAAUGUAUUUAUUAAUCAGAGGUGGCUUAAUUACAUUGAAAUGGCUUUUUUUUUUUUUAACCUAAAGUAACUCUUGUUUCUGUAGAAGAAUGCCUGUUUUAUUCAGAGUUUGUAAUGAUUUCCUUGAGUUAUAUUUUAAAUCAAAAGGUCUGGGUAAUGUAUCAAUUUUGAUUAAUACAUACUUUUU